GGAUCCCGCCCGGCCCGGGCUCCCCUGCGCAGCGCGCGGGGUCGGGAUGCGCCUCCGUGGACGGCUGGGGCAGGAGGGGGCCGCCAGCCGAGGACAAUGCCAGACGCUCGCCGUCUCCCGCCUGACAUUCCUCUCUGGCUCCGCGGGGGUCGGUCUCUGUAGAAAACAGAGCAGGAGCUGAGACAGCGGCGAGAGGCUGCAGCGGAGGCGCUUGGAACCCGAAAAGCCCCGGCGCUCUCGGGUACCGCGCAUCGCGGUCAGCGCCGGCGGUCAGCAGCAUGGACAGCAGCGCCGUGCCCAUGACCGCCAGCAACUGCAGCGAUCUCUUCCCGCGCUCAGGCUGCUCCCCAGCCCCGAGCCCCGGGUCCUGGGUCAACUCGUCCCACUCGGACAGCAACGUGUCCGACCCCUGCGGUCCGAACCGCACCGAGCUGGGUGGUGGCGACAGCCUGUGUCCUCCGAGCGGCAGCCCUUCCAUCGUCACGGCCGUCACCAUCAUGGCCCUCUACUCCAUCGUGUGCGUGGUGGGGCUCUUUGGAAACUUCCUGGUCAUGUAUGUGAUCGUCAGGUACACCAAAAUGAAGACAGCUACCAAUAUCUAUAUUUUCAACCUUGCUCUGGCAGACGCCUUAGCCACCAGCACCCUCCCCUUCCAGAGUGUCAAUUACCUAAUGGGAACGUGGCCAUUUGGGACGAUCCUUUGCAAGAUCGUGAUCUCCAUAGAUUACUACAACAUGUUCACCAGCAUAUUCACCCUCUGCACCAUGAGUGUGGAUCGCUACAUUGCAGUCUGCCACCCUGUCAAGGCCCUGGAUUUCCGUACUCCCCGAAAUGCCAAAAUUGUCAAUGUCUGUAACUGGAUCCUCUCUUCAGCCAUUGGUCUUCCUGUCAUGUUCAUGGCAACUACAAAAUACAGGCAUGGUUCCAUAGAUUGCACCCUUGCAUUCUCUCACCCAACCUGGUACUGGGAAAACUUAAUGAAGAUCUGUGUUUUCAUCUUUGCCUUCGUCAUGCCCAUCCUCAUCAUCACAGUGUGCUAUGGACUCAUGAUCUUACGCCUCAAGAGUGUCCGCAUGCUGUCUGGCUCCAAAGAAAAGGACAGGAACCUUCGAAGGAUCACCAGGAUGGUGCUGGUGGUCGUGGCUGUGUUCAUCGUCUGCUGGACCCCCAUUCACAUUUACGUCAUCAUUAAAGCCUUGGUCACAAUUCCAGAAACUACUUUCCAGACUGUUUCUUGGCACUUCUGCAUUGCCCUGGGUUACACCAACAGCUGCCUGAACCCAGUCCUUUAUGCAUUUCUGGAUGAAAACUUUAAACGAUGCUUCAGAGAGUUCUGUAUCCCAACUUCCUCCACCAUUGAGCAACAAAACUCCACUCGAAUUCGUCAGAACACUAGAGAUCACCCCUCCACGGCCAAUACAGUGGAUAGGACUAACCAUCAGCUAGAAAAUCUGGAAGCUGAAACUGCUCCAUUACCCUAACUGGUCUCGCGCCCUUCAGACCCUCACCAAGCUUAAAAGCCACCAUGUGCGUGGAGCAGGUCACUGCAAGAAUGUGUGGGAGGCUCUUCGUCCCUGGGAAAGCGCCCGCAUUUGAAUCAUCAAAACUUUCCUCUCCGGCCACCCCACUCUGAACAUCAGGGG